CAACAUUAGAGGUUGCGACGACGCAUCGGAACGAACACACCUCAUUCCGUGCAACGGCUGCUGCGGAUAUCUUUGCAUCAGCAUCGGCCGUGGCGCCCGGGCCGGUGAGCCGCAGCAGAUUGGGUCAGAGAGGGCCGUUGGCUCUGUUGUUGAACGGAGGCUUGGUGCCGGCGGCGCAUCAUGGGCGAGCGCAAGGGCACCAACAAGUAUUACCCGCCAGAUUUUGACCCGGCGGUGCAUGGGUCAUUGAACGGCUACCAUGGCGUGCACGCGCUGCGCGAGCGUGCGCGUAAAAUUACGCAGGGCAUCCUCAUCAUCCGCUUUGAAGCCCCGUGGAACUUUUGGUGUGGCGGCUGUGGCGCACAUGUCGAACGCGGCGUUCGCUACAACGCUGAGAAAAAGCGCGUGGGCAACUACUACACCACCCCGAUCUGGGCCUUUCGCAUGAAGUGUCACCUCUGCGACAACCACUUUGUUUUCGAGACAGACCCCAAGAAUUGCGACUACAAAAUCACCGAGGGCGCGCGCCGUAAGAAUGAACAAUGGGAUCCUGCUACUACCCAGGUCAUUGACCUGCCUGAUGACGCCGAAAAGGCCAAGCGCGCGGCCGACGCCAUGUACCGCCUGGAGCACGACGCUUCUGACCAGGCACGCGCCAAAAAGGCCAAGCCCCAGCUCCUUCAGCUCAUUGAACUCAAAGACCGCACAACAAAGUUUGACUACGAUACCAACGCCGCCCUCCGUCGCUCCUUUCGCGCCGAGAAGAAGGAACGUCAGCGCCAGCAGGCCGCCGACGAUGUUCUCAAGGAGCGCGCUGGCAUCCAGGACCUUGAGCUGCUCCCAGAAGACGACAGUGACGCCGCGCACGCGCGCCGCGUGUCCUUUCAAAGCCAGAAAAAAACAUCCCCGGCCACCCGCUCUGCUCGAGCCGCCGGCCAGGCUGUGCGUCGUCAAAUCCGCCAAGCGAGCAUCUUUGGCAAGUCGGCCGCCAGCCCGAGCCAGGGCGCCACGUCUGUCCCCGCAGCACUCGUACGCCAGGCAUAUCGUCAGCAGCAACGGCAAGCCAUUGCAGAAGGCCGCCAGCGCCGUAGUGACUUGGUCUCGCGCACGCCACAGCGAGAUGCGUCGACGUCCGCUGUCACUGACGAGCAGGCUGCCCCAGCCUUGGAGUCAAAGGCCACCUUGCUCGUGUCCUACCCUGACUCGGAUGACAGCGUUGAACAUGACAGCAAAAGCCACACUAAAGAACAGCCAUCUGCAUGAUGUGACGACACGCGCAAGCUUUCACAAAUUGGUCGCCCCCCUCCUCCAUCCUGUCUUUUGCGCUUCGCAGCCUCGGGCCAAGACGCAACAAUAGAGCUCCCUGUGCUGUGUGCUGUGAUUUCCUUAUGCUUCAACUAGCGGCUGAGCCGCGCCUCGACAAUCGACUUGUCAACCAUC